UUAUUCAAGAGACGGAGCACCGUAAGAAACUGUGCACCGCCAGAGUUCACUGUUAACGGAUCAGUAAUACCCGGAGGAGGAAGAACGAACUUUAAAGGUGUUUAUGAAGUUCAGUUUCUUGGAGUCAUUGGGCCUCUAGAACGAAACAAAAUGUGUAAAAUAAAGUGUUCUAAUGGAGUUUGGAUAGGACCUCUGUGCACAAUGAAAAAAGAUGGAGCUCGUUUUCGACCCAUGUUACGUCAGUGUUCUUUGCAACUGACAGAUGCUGAGGUAGUGGUCAGCUACGAGGGAAGGACGCUAAUAAUGGAUAAAGAAAUUAGCCUCCCUCACGCCAGUAAACUGGACUUCAGAUGUUCCGAAGUAGGAAUGUACAAAUUUGUUGGAGAGAAGACCUUAACUUGCUCCAAUGGACAUUGGAGUUCCAUUUUACCUCGGUGUGUGGCCACAACUCUGCAGCGAAAUUUUUCAGUGCAAGCCCCACCCAGUAUCAUCUACAACGUGAUGUCCGGAGACGCUGAUGUUUCUGAAGCCGGAGAUGUGGUCAUUACACCAAACAGUAUACUUCACUUAGACUGUUUGUUCCAGCGGGAACAUGGAAGUCCCGAAUGGGCGUGGUCAUCUACUCAAAGACAAUAUCCUUGUGGAUGGUCCUUGUCAAGUGAUGAAAGGAACUGGAAAUAUCGAUUGUCCAUCUACUAUGCUAAAGAGGAGGACACUGGAUUUUACAGCUGCUCUACACCUAGGGGUGAAAAUAACAAGAUUACCGUAAUUGUCAAAGAUGUGGAGUGUCCACCUAUACAGUCCGUGGACCAUCAUCGUGUGAUGGCUGUUGAGGGAAAUAAGAUGCACAGUAAGGCACACUUUGCAUGCAUGGAAGGAUACAAGCUAAGUGGGUCCAAAGAUAUCACGUGCAAAGCUUCGGGAAAAUGGUCUGAUGAUCCACCUACCUGCCAACUUAUCCAGUGUCCACCUUUGACCCCAGACUCUCCGCACCUAAAGCUCAGCACUCACAACCGGACAUAUGGUGAGCGUGUCAAAUUCUCGUGUCCCACAAGCUACAGACUUGUUGGGGUGUCGUCCUUACAGUGUUUGAAAAACGAAUCCUGGUCAGAUGAUCCUCCUGCAUGUGAAGCUAUUUCCUGUGUAGCUCCAUUACCACCUCCUAAUGGCCGAGUUUUAGACUCAGGGCGCUACCUGGCGGGAGAUUCGGUAACUUAUACUUGUCAUGCUGGAUUUAUACUAGUUGGUGCAACAGGUGCGGUUUGUAAUGAUGUCGGAGAAUGGUCUCAACCACCGCCAGAAUGUAGACGAACCUGCGAGUUUCCAGGCGAACCAACUAAUGGUUACAUACUCCCGACAAAGUUUCAUUACGAUAUAAAUGAACUUAUCUUAGUUUCAUGUAAUAAAGGAUACCGUCGACUUGGUCCCAAGGAGCUUCGAUGCACUCCUACAGGUCUUUGGUCGAAUCCAUUACCUCACUGUCGUCCUUACAAAAGGUGAAGAGAAGGAGAUUGCCCUGUCUCCCCCCCACUGUGCGGGCCCAACUAGCUAUUGGGUUAAAUCAAUUUGUGAUAAGUCUUAAAUAUGACCUAAGUUUCGAGAGUUAGUCACCUUUUGGAACAAACUCACCAAACGUUAUCUGAUUGGACAACCUUGUGAAGAUUUUAUAUAUAUAACCGUAUUCGUUGUAAAUAUAACGAUGACGUAAUCGAGAUUUUAUUCAUAAUUCUAGGGGGAAAUUUUACUUUUAUUUUCAUUGCUUGUAUGGUGUGAAUUACUUUUAUGGUGUGAAUUGCAUUUGUUCUUAAAAUCAUUUUACAUUUUGUUCGGUCUAAAGCAUGUUUUUUUUUCAAACUGAGAGGCGAAGGGGUCUCAUGAGAUCAGGAACGGUAAGUUGUAUUGCAGUUUGUCAUAUUUUUUUAGCUUGAAAAUAAAUUAUUUGUUUAGAACGAUAUCAUCCUUGCAAGAAAUUUAGCCAAUCUCU